GUCACUUGUUCAUUGUUGAACAGGCUCUGAUGACAGUAGGCUGAGCUUAUCAGUCACUCGCCUCUCCUGCGGCUCUGCCCCUCGCUGACAGUCAGUCAGUAGCCGCUGGAUCGGAGUUCACCAUUCGAACAAGUUGGAUUAACAACCGAACUGAACUUCAGGGUUGAAACCAAACGACACUGUAGUUGUUUCACGCCCCAAUGGACACCGUUCAGAAAUUGGCGUCUGGAUUCUCUCUGGACCUGGGACCACUGAAAGAACCUCUUGGGUUUAUUCGUGUCCUAGAAUGGGUCUUUACCAUCUUUGCCUUCUCUACCACUGGAGGUUACUCUGGGACAACCCAUUUCACUGUCAAAUGUGCAGAAAGCAAGGAGGAGGAUGUCAAGGCUGUGUUUGGAUACCCAUUUAGGUUGUCAACGAACCCCUAUAAGAUACCAUUGUGCAAUGGUGGCCAAUCCAAUGACACCUACCUGCAGGGAGACUUCUCCUCCUCGGCAGAGUUCUUUGUGUGUGUCGGCGUAUUUGGGUUUCUUUAUUGCACCGCCACGCUGGUCCUCUAUCUGGGCUACCAGAGUGUCUACCGCCAGACCAGCCGCGGCCCCAUCGUUGACCUUGUGAUGACCGCUGCCUUUGCCUUCCUGUGGCUUGUGUCCUCCUCAGCUUGGGGCAAAGGCCUGACUGAUGUCAAAUGGGCCACUAACCCUGAGCACUUAGUGGAGUCAUGCAAGGACGUCUGUCACCCAGGAGAGUUUCCUUCCAUGGGCCGCCUCACUGCCUCUGUGAUAUUUGGCUUCUUGAAUUUGAUCCUCUGGGCAGGUAACUGCUGGUUCAUUUACAAAGAGACCCCUUUCCACAAGGAUCCCAACCCACCGGCCACCAUGGAGGAAGGGGGGGGGGAUGUGCCACAACACUGAGGGUCCUCAGGCAUUGGCCCUCACCCACAGCAAAAAAGCUUUGUGCCCAACACUGGUCUCUAAUGUUAACUUACAAAAAUUUAAACAAAAAAGGCAGUUGUGAUAAAAAAAAACAAUACUCGUCAAAAAGAUUUUUUCAAUUAUAACUAGCUGAAGUUGACCUCACCCAAAGGCUGAAAAAUCCUAAAUCCCAGUGCCCAUGUGCCUUGAAAACACUACGUGUGAACACAAACUAAAGUACUUAACACUAUCUACAACAAGACUUUCUGUGAAUGUAACCUAAACUGUAUGUAUAUAGGUGGUAUUCAGCAGUGCAGACCUCUGUAGUAUUUUUGCUUCACCAUUGGUAUCUGCUCUUCAGGGAGCUACCGAGUGAUGAAAUUGUGAUGUGAGAACAUAUAACCUCUGCUGGUCCUCUUCUGGAAAAGGCAAAGGACUCAUAAAAGUUGAAAUCAAACAAUUCUCACAUCCAAUAAAAUCAGUUGUUGCAAUAAAAAGCAACAUCCAGAAUAAAGGAAUUACAUGGGAUCAGAUGUAAUUUGAGGUUUCUCUCGUGAGCAGGACUAUUGGAGGCCCUUCUCUUCUUUCAUUCGUUAAUCUGUAAGAGCAAACACUACAGUACAGAUUCUAACUACUUUAUUUCAAUUUCAAUAAACGACUCAGCCUCAAUGUCAAAAUAUCUUGCAUGCUCUUAUUCCUCCAGUUGUAGAAACAGCUGAUACCACAGGCCUGUUAGACAACCAGACUAAGAAGUGUGCUGGUUGACAGGUUUUUGUGGCAUAAAAGACAUGUAACUGUCAAUUGAACAGCCAUAACAUUCCCCCACCUCUGAGUCCACUGAGAAACACUGCAAAAUGUUAGAUAACCACAUAGCUGUUAAACUUUCAGUGCACUGGGAUUUUCCUGUGCUUGAACAGAAAACACUAAGCAAAAACAUCUUACUACAAUCUGCUGUACCUCAGGAGGGGAAGCACAGCUCUUGAUUUUUGAAAUAGUUAUUUUCAGUGAUUUGACAGCAUUUGCCACACUACUGUGUCCAGACCAAGGCAGGCUCUCUACAUGUUUACUCCCACAGCUAGUGUACUGAUGUCAGGUUAAACCUUGUUUUGUUCCAGUUUGUUCAAAAUGUAAUAUUUCAACUAAUCUGUAACAGUAAGGCUCCCCCUCGUUUG